AUGGUGGAGAUCUUCUCUGCUCGUCCGCCCACACCUCCCAGGACAGCUUCGCGCAUCGCAGACGACAACCAGAUCGCAUCACCAUUGACCGUUUCCACGCCUAAAACCUCGUCCUUCGAAUCGUUAGAAUCAGCACCUGGAACUUCAAGCCGAAGUUCAAAGAGAGUAAACUUCUCGCCAUGGCCCAAGUUUAUCAAACCACCAACUUUUGCUAGCGCCUCGCAAUCGGCCGGCGACAUCAAGAUCAUCCCUUCCACAGACUCAAAGCCUACGAAAUCCAUCUUGAAGACGACACAAUCUCCGAUCCCCGCCUGGUCGCCCAAUGUCAAUAUAUUCACAGCUGAAUCUCUCGCUAUGCUCCUCGAGUCAAGCAUCACACAGUUGGCCGGCGAGUCAACAAGCUCGCGACUUGACGCCUACAUGCAGUUUUUCAACGCCCUCCGAGCAUACGAUGGCUUACCGGCCGGUCAAGAGAUUGGCGAAAAACUGAAGACAAUCACUGAGUUUAUUCAGCGGGACGUGAAGCGCGAUCUUACGAAUGCUGGAAUUCAAGACACAAAUCUUGCCAACCAAGCUUUGAAACUGUCGGCAACAUUUAUCUGGCACCCCCAGAUAUCUGCCAAAAUACCAGAGGACUUCAAAAUCUUCCUGGUUGAACAUUCUAUCUCUUCCCUGCACGAGGCCAAAGCCCCAAAAUCCGUUCUGGCGCAUUACAUGGCCAUACUACACACGCAGAACUUUUCACCUAAGGUUAUGACAAAUGCUCGAGUCACGCGUAUUCUGACGAUACUGCAAGACAUCACCAAACGCAUAUCUGGCAAUGGAAUUCUUUCUAAUCGAUUGAGUGUCUAUCAACGUCUUUGGGUGCAAGCUAAACCCAUCUUUCUAUCUCAUCCCGGCUUAUGGAUGGAGAAUCUGAUCGGUGGUAUGCUUCAUCAUGUCAAGGAUACCAGGGACAAAGGGAUCAUUUUUGGUUUUCGAAUUGCCGCCGAGGUUGGUCCGAAUGCUGCCCUGUCAAAAAGCAUCCGCGAGUUCUUCGACCGGCCACUCGAGCACGAUCGAAAGAUUUUUGCCGAAAUCCGCGAGCGCAUGACGAGAAUGAUGACCUUCACAGAGAGCGGUGUGCAUGUUCCUCAGAUUUGGAGUGUCAUCAUUCUUCUCUUGAGAAAUAAAAGAUGGAACAUGGAGCACUGGCACAAUUACAAAGAGUGGCUGCUUGUGCUGCAGAAAUGCUUCAACUGCAGUGAACCGUUAAUCAAGGCCCAAGCGAUCAUCGGCUGGAAUCGAUUUGUCUCUGUUGUCGGGCCUGAAGAAUCUACCAGUCGCUCGCUACUCAAAAUGCUGGGGAAACCGAUCCUCUCACAGUUUGAUCGCAGGAAAACGGACAAGUCCGCGUCACCACCCAGUCAACUCGCUUUAAGCAGUUACUACAACCUGCUGUAUUACACCUUCCGGCCUUCGGCUACUCCCCAACACCUCGACUUCAUAUGGGAAGAGUAUGUUCUACAGCCGUCCUCGGGUAUUUUCUCCACAGUGCCAGCCCUCAGCGACUGCCUUUCGCGCAUAAUUUCCAAUUUGCUGUGGAGCACGCAACCCAAGAUUUGGACUGACCGUCGAAUUGACGAUCCGAGCAGGAUGGACACAGACGAGCUUCCUUCGGCUGAUUGCAAAUGGGUUCGAUCGAGAUUUGCAUCUAUCCUGAAAGUCUUUGAAAACCUGUUCAAAUCCUCACUUUGGGUCGAUAAUGCUGUGGCAACAUCUAACGUGGCACUGGCUUGGAACAGCCUUUGCAGUGCCUUGUCGCUGGCGUCCAGCAAAGAAAUCACACCGUCUGGAGAGUCAAUGCAGGCUGUUGCAGGGGUUCUCAGUCUGCUGCAUCGCCUCUGGGUUGCUGGGCCGUCCUCGCUAAAUGCCAGCAACCAAGACAUCUUCCUCGACAGAUUCCGAUAUCUGUCCACCACUGUGAUCGGAUCGGUUGGCGGCAUCUCAUUCACCCAAAAGCUUCUUCUUAGCACUGCGGAUGAAACAUUCGCAACUGUAAGCACCCCAACAGAUCGCCAUCGACAACUAGGCACAAGCCCCGACAGUCCAAUUCUGCACCUUCUUCGGUCCAUCAGCAGCGCCGGAUGGUCGGUACUACCAAGCCAGUCUUAUAAAGACCUUGUCAUGGGUAAUGUUGAAGCAGCAUGCAAGAGCAAAAUCUCAAGGGGUUCUCGUCUUGAACUUUUGCAAAAGUGUGCGGAGUUGAGCACGGCAGAAACUGGUGUUAUCUCACGAGCUCUUUCACUGACGGAGCUUGUCUGGGAUGCCACUGCCCAAACAGCCUCAAACACUCUGGGGUCUUUCUCCAUAGAACCCGCGCGUGAACGCGAUGGGUCAGUAUCUCGUGACUACGACAAUGUCAUCAAGAUCCUCCUAUCUGGUCUUCGCUUUCCGGCUGCUUCUCAAGGAUGGUCCGAUCUGCUUGAAUCAUUUGUCCGCGUCAUCCAAACUGAAAAGAGUAAUCAACUCAUAGCGACGAUGAUCGUGGAGCCUAUAGCCGAGCACACAAUUUGCCUUCCGGUCGGAGAAACCUAUCUGCCUACAAAGGCAUUGUUUGGUCAUUCUUUGUCAAUACCUUUCUUGCAAGGCACCGGUUUGGGUAUCAACCCCGGGGGCGGCCAACCGCCUGGUCAUGCUGCUUUUCCCAGCAAGUUCCUCGACUCGGUUUCCAGAACGUUGCGUCUUGCGUAUGACGAGUUUGGCGCGUCUGACAGCCACGCUCUUGCAGAAUUCAUUAAGGCUUUGACUUCGUUUUUGGGAUCUGGUGUUCCACAGUUCCAAAGUCAGGUACUUCAAUAUCUUCAGCCAUCUCUUUGUCUUUGGUUGAAAGAUGAACUGCACAAAAUCAAUGUGGUCGACUUGGGUGACAGCGCUGAUAGCAGAAUUGUUACUGCUUACGGUUCUCUUACUUCGGCUGUUGUUCACGUCCUACAAACCUCCGUCCUUCAUGAUCUGCCCUCUUUGGAGACAUUUGAGUAUGUCCUCCUCGCGGGCUUUGAAUCGUCUCACAACUCAACAACCAAGAAAUUCGUCGACCUUUGGACAUUGACCUUUGGCUCAAAGGACUCUUAUACCUACCCCAGCAAUAUUUUGCAAGCCGUGGAAUCCGCCGAAUCUAAGAUCCACAGCCCUAUCCUCCCUUUGAAAAACGUGGCUCAUGACGUUCAAAUCUUUGCCCCCUCUCCUCCAAAAGAAUCUACGGGCCGUUCGGCAGAAAGACUGCAACCUGCGACUCGCUCUUUGCGUAGUUCUGAGCUUGACUGCUCGCCGGUGAUGCAAGCUGAAAGCUCUAUGGUCAAGGAAGUUGAACAAGAGACUGAACCUCAGUUACCAAAUAGCUUCCAGUCCGAUAUCACCGAUGCGCAAUAUGACAAUGGCACUACUGCAUCCCGAAAGCGUCGAACCCGCCGGCAGAUGUUCUCCAUGAUUGAAUCUAUUCAAUCAUCGUCGCCGGCGACAACUCCUCGCAAAUUGGGCUUCAAUACACCCCCUCAUUUGCGUAGAGUGCAAUCUGGUGACUCAAAUUCUGAGCUUCUCUUGACGCCGGUCCUAGCGCCGACCGAAAAUGAAGAUGGAUUCUUUGGCUCCUCUCCUACGCCUGGAACGAAGGAACCAACACCUUCUGCGAAUUCUAAUGCGGCCGCUCCAGCGCCCCAGGACAUUCCGACUAGCCAGGAAACCGACCCCCCUUCAUCUCCCCCAGAACCUCAUUCUCGGAGCCCAAGUCCCCAGAAGAAUCGUGCACGAACUGCACGCCGACGGGCUGCGAAGGCGCGGAAGGCUCUCGUUGGUGCUUCAGGUAUACAAUCAACAGUGAAUAGUCCUGCCACUUCACGUCUUGCUACUGAGAACAACACCACAAGUCAUGAUGUGGACACUGCCAAUGAUCACGACAACGAUAAAGAAAACGCUGACUUGACGCCUCGGCCGAAUAUGGACACUCCUGGCAGGCGUCUGCGGUCUGCAAGGGGCAAGGACUCAGAGCCAAGCUCAGUGCCUUCGCCUGCACCAACCGUUGAUUCCCCCAACAGAACACCGGUUCAGAAACCUCGCAACGGCAAGUCUACCGCCGGUUUUAGCAUCAAAAGACAGAAAAACAGCCCAAGUUGUUCUGCACAGGAACUAGCUCCGGAACCCCUGGAAAUGUCGUCCGACACCCGAGGCGACAGUGUCAUGGACUCCAGCGAGGAGACUGAGACACAAAUUGCUUCCCAACUAGGAUUGGAUCUGGAAUUGGCCGUCGUAGUUGAACAGAGAGCCCAACCCGAGAAAGAACAACCGGUGGAAGAACAUUCCUUGCGAAAGAGGAAACGCGAUGAUGAGGACAAAUCGCAGCCCUCUUCUACUAGGACCGAUAGGCGUCGCUCGACUCGACUGUCGACUGCGAAGGACAGUCUCCAUGCUGAACCUUUAGAUCUCAAUGGCACGCCUCCACGAAGUCCUGCCAUCUCGAACGUCAGCCAAAGUGCUUCACCAAUCAAAUCUCUAUCGCCGACUGCGACUCGUCGGUCCACUCGCAAUUCGCAAAGAAAGCGAAACAGCAACUCCGCCCCUGAGGCCAUUUCUGACGCCCAGAAUUCUCCUCUUCCAAACCCCACCGCCAACGACGAAACACCUCGGCCGUCUAAAAGAUCGCGUAAAUCUGUUCGUCUUGGUGGCCAUGAUGUCUCAGAAUCCAUUGAAAAUGAACCUCAAAGUGCGUCUCAAGAUACUGGCCUGCGGAAAACACGAUCUCGACAGCACGCGAUUGAGUCUCAAUCCGUACCUGAGCCUCCAAUUUUCCAUCCGCCUUCGGAGAAAAUGAAACAAGAACCGGAAAUAUUUGCAGAUGAGGACAUGGAUGUGGAAAUUGUUCCCGAGAUUUCCAUGGAAGAGGAGCACGCGGCGGAGCAAAACACCCCUCCUCUCUCAACCGAAGAAGCGACAGAUUCCCAGAUCUCUGGAAAUGAUCGAUCAAUCAAGUUCGACCAGGCCCAGCCAGAACCAACAAUGGACGUGGACGUGGACGUAGAACAAUCAGAGACCCAAACUGGUCGUGACAGUGUCGAAGCAACCACAAAAAUUGCCACUGCCAGCAUCCAGACUCAGGAGGAAUCAUCCACUCUACCUCGACCUGAAAUUACCCAAGCGGGUAUCACGCAGGCCCUGAGGGACGUACUGGGUGAUCUCAAAUUAGCCAAUUUGGGCCCAGACGCCCUCCGUGAGGUCGAUGACCUCCUCUUCAAUAUUCGUGUCGAAGCACAUGAUGCAUCACGGCGACACAACACUUCAGCAUAG